AUGCCGGUGGCCACAAACCCCAUGCCGACUGCCCCUCGCCAAGAGAGGAAGCGUAGCCAGGACUCUCUGAUUGUGCUGAAUGUCAGUGGCACCCAGUUCCAGACCUGGCUGGAUACCCUGGAACGCUAUCCUGACACGCUGCUGGGCAGCUCAGAAAGGGAUUUCUUCUACCAUCCUGAGACGCAGCAAUACUUUUUCGACCGGGACCCUGACAUCUUCCGACACAUCCUCAAUUUCUACCGAACAGGGAAGCUACACUACCCGCGUCAAGAGUGCAUCUCAGCCUAUGAUGAGGAGCUGGCCUUCUUUGGUAUAAUCCCCGAGAUCAUUGGUGACUGCUGCUAUGAGGAAUACAAGGACCGGCGGCGGGAAAAUGCCGAACGUCUUCAGGAUGAUGCUGAUCAGGAUAAUGCCGAUGAAUGCAAUCUGCCCUCCAUGACAGCCCGGGAGAGGAUGUGGCGGGCCUUUGAGAAUCCACACACUAGCACGCUGGCCCUGGUAUUUUACUAUGUUACGGGCUUCUUCAUUGCAGUCUCUGUCCUUGCCAAUGUAGUGGAGACAGUACCCUGUGGGCUAAGUCCUGGUACCAUCAAGGAGCUGUCCUGUGGAGAGCGCUAUGAUGUGGCUUUCUUCUGCCUGGAUACGGCCUGUGUCAUGAUCUUCACAGUUGAGUAUCUGUUGCGUCUAGUGGCUGCCCCGAGCCGUUACAAGUUUGUGCGUAGUGUCAUGAGCAUCAUUGAUGUAGUGGCCAUUAUGCCCUAUUACAUUGGUCUUGUGAUGACCAACAAUGAGGAUGUCAGUGGGGCCUUUGUAACACUGCGUGUCUUCCGUGUAUUCCGGAUCUUUAAGUUUUCCCGCCACUCGCAGGGUUUGCGCAUCCUGGGCUACACUCUGAAAAGCUGUGCAUCAGAGCUUGGCUUUCUCCUCUUUUCUCUCACUAUGGCCAUCAUAAUCUUUGCUACGGUCAUGUUCUAUGCUGAGAAAGGCUCAACGUCCACCAAAUUCACCAGCAUCCCUGCAGCUUUCUGGUAUACCAUUGUCACUAUGACCACCCUUGGGUAA